AUGGGGAUGGGGGAGGAAAUGCAGGGAUCUGUGUGGAUAUGGAGAUGGGGAGGGAAUGCAGGGAUCUGUGUGGAUAUGGAGAUGGGGAGGGAAUGCAGGGAUCUGUGUGGAUAUGGGGAUGGGGGAGGGAAUGCAGGGAUCUCUGUGGAUAUGGGGAUGGGGGAGGGAAUGCAGGGAUCUCUGUGGAUAUGGGGAGGGGGGAGGGAAUGCAGGGAUCUCUGUGGAUAUGGGGAUGGGGGAGGGAAUGCAGGGAUCUCUGUGGAUAUGGGGAUGGGGGAGGGAAUGCAGGGAUCUCUGUGGAUAUGGGGAUGGGGGAGGGAAUGCAGGGAUCUGUGUGGAUAUGGGGAUGGGGAGGGAAUGCAGGGAUCUCUGUGGAUAUGGGGAUGGGGAGGGAAUGCAGGGAUCUCUGUGGAUGGAGAUGGGGAGGGAAUGCAGGGAUCUGUGUGGAUAUGGGGAUGGGGGAGGGAAUGCAGGGAUCUCUGUGGAUAUGGGGAUGGGGGAGGGAAUUCAAGGAUCUCUGUGGAUGGAAUGGGGUGA